ACAACAAAGAAAUGACCUGCACAAAGACAUAAAAAGAACAUAAAAAUGUUAAAAACAUUGAUGUAAAAUGAGAAUCAUUAAAAAAACAUUCAUGUAAAAUGAAAUUGAAUAAUAACAUAACAUAACAUAACAUAACAUAACAUAACAUAACAUAACAUAACAUAACAUAACAAUCAAAAAUAAUAACAUAGAAAUAAUAAAUAAAUAAUUAAAAAAAAACUAAUAGCGGGUCAAAAGUUAGUCAGUCACCUGUAGUUAUUCAUGUAAAUAAAUCAUUGAAGACGUUUUCUGCAGUUUCUUGUUUUUUGGUACCCCUGUCCCCUCGUUUCUCCGGCUGUGACGAAGCCUGGUCGGGGUGGGGGCCGCUCCUCCACCUCAGCAGGAUGACGGAUGUUCAUCCACUGACAGCAGGGCUGGAGGGACACGGGAAGUAUUGGCUGGAACAAUACCGUCACAUACUGUAGGGGUUUCCCAGCUGAACACAGGACCCCACCAUUACCCUGCCAUGCGGGGGACAGCGGAGGGAAGACGACCACAGUUGACAUAAUUGAUCCUAAACAUAUCGCCAGACCGGAAGUAUUUUAAGUGUAUGACUCACGAGUUAAUUUUAGUUCACCGCUGCUGUUUUGGAUUAUCUUAGUUUUGUCCGAACACCCCUGCGAACCGCGGAACGUGGAUGGUUCCUAAAAUGGCGGCGGUUUCUGUCAGUGUGGAGUGAAACUUUCUUCCUUUUUUGCGAAUAUUUGGCGCUUUUCUGACCCGCAGUGUCGACCGCGGUCGUGUGUUUAAUAAAGUAACAUUUAUCGGGACACCGAUGCGUGUGGCAACGGUGGUUAGGGACGAGCGGCGUCACUCUGGGCUCCCUUUUUGGUCGUCAAAAUCGCUGGGCUUCCCUCGAAGUUGACGGUGGCCGAGUGCCUGACAUUGCGAUCAUACCGACUGUUGUUGUAAUCAGAUCGCUCAACGCGGAAACCGUCAGCUGAGACCAGACGUCGCAGAGUAGCUAGCUAGUUUGUCGAGUCGUCGGGCCGAGUGAGGGCAGGUCGGAGAGAUCCCAAGGCCGUGUCACGUCAGCUGUGAUUGGAAACAGAGGUGGUGUUGGAUGUCACCACGGCGCAGUGUCAGGCGGGAUUUGGUUUGCUAGCAUCAUCCAUCCUGCCAAAAUCAAAUGGAGAAACUCCAGGACCUUAGCCAAUCAGAGCUACAGGAGCUCCUGGACAACCCGGAGAGGGUGGAGUCUAUGGCUCUAGAGUCUGACGAGAUCCAGAACAUCCAGCUGGAGAGAGAGAUGGCGCUGGCAUCCAAUCGCAGCCUGGCCGAGCAGAACCUGGACAUGAAGCCUCGUCUGGAGUCACAGAGGGAGGUGCUGGUGGAGAGAUACUCUCAACUAGAGGCUGUCAGAGAAACCUACAGACAACACUGCUCCAUCAGAGAUGGGAUGGUGGGUCAGGUGUCUCCAGAGGCCUUGUUCUCCAGACUACAGGCAGAGGGCAGCAAAACGGAGGCAGAGUCAGAGGCUCUAGCUGAUGAGUUUCUGGAGGGCUCUCUGUCGCUGGACUCCUUCCUCGACCGCUUCCUCUCGCUGCGCUCCCUUGCUCACAAAAGACGAGUCCGGAUAGAGAAACUCCAGGAGAUCCUGCGACAGAGGAGCGAGGGCAAUCUCACCGCCAUGACAUCAUCAGCAGGCAUCAGCCAGGAUCCUGCUGCCACGGCAUCACCGUGGAAUCAACAGACGACAACAACGACAACAAAUCAGCAGCAGCCGAACUCCAAACCUCAGUCCUCUUGUUACCAAAAUGCCUCUCAGCCAGCCUCCUUGUCUGCUGGAUUACCCUACAGCCCCUACCCCAUCACCCCGCCCAACCCCCCCCCUGCAGCAGCGGCAGCAGGCUCCGGCCCGGCCAUCCCUCCCUACCCAGGUUCCGGCUCGCCCUUCACCCCCACUGGGAGCUACCCUGGCCCCAGGCCCGCUUUCGGGCCUCCGGCUUCAGCCGCCUGCCCUUACCCAACCCAGCCUUCCUUCCCAGCCCCACACCCGGGUUCAGCAUUCGGCCAGUACACCCCCAGCCAACCCCAGAGUGGCCCUGCGCCCUACCCGGCCUCCUACAGCUACGGUGGCUAUAGCUACCCCGCUGGGCCCCCCUUUUCCUCUUCUCAGUCACCGACGGGGAGACCCGUCUACAGACCAGGAUAUGGAGUCCCACAGCCGUACUCCUGAAAGCACUACUGCUCCUAUGUCUCACUUCUUCUUCUCAAUUCUUCCUUGCUGUCUCACCCUCCCCCCUUCCUCCCUCCCUGACCUCCCUCUCUCUCCUCACCCUGACUCCUUGUCCUCCUCUUGUCUUUGUACCUUUUCUACCCCCCCCAUCUCCCACAUUCAAGAGGUGUCUCGCUUUACUUAUAUUUGUUGCACUAUUCUACUCUACUCUAAAUAUCAGUCUGUCGAUCUUUUUCUCUUUCCUUUUCCCUUCCUCCAUCACCCUGCGACCCACCCCGCCCCACACUAGUCUCAGGUUGUUGCGUUUAAAUGUUCACACUUGUAUCUGGCCAUUCAUACACUCACCCUCCUCCCUCUGUCCAUCACUCCCUCCCACCCUCCUCUUCUGCCAUUUCAAGUGUGUGUGUGUGUGUGUGUGUGUGUGUGUGUGUGUGUGUGUGUGUGUGUGUGUGUGUGUGUGUGUGUUGCUAUUUGGCAAUCAGAAAACCUUAUAAACACACAAGUGCACUCCCCCUGACAGAAGUCAGUCUUUGUAACACUACACCAGUGUCAGUAGCUGUCUGUUGGAGGGUCUGUCAGUAGAAGGUAGAUGUCGGCUCUUAUGUUAGGUUCAAUUCAGACACAGGAUUUGGAGGGAACAUCAUCAGCUCUGUCAGACACUUACCUGCUCCACACAUGAAUGUGUUAGGUGAGUUACCUGAGGGCAGCAGCAGUAACUCUCACCAAAGACCACGACACUGCAUUCUGCUGGUUCCCUGACUUCUGUGUCGACAGAGGACAUUGCAGCAGCAGAGACUGGCACAUUGGUGAGCUGCUGUAGCUGACGAGCUAACAGCUAACAACCUGGCAACAACAGCUGUGUGUCAAGCUUCUUCUCAGGAUCAUCUCACAGCAGAGAGAGAAAAAGCUCUGAGCUGAAGAGACGCUAACAGGACGACAGACAUGCCAGUCUCCUGCCUCCUGUGUGCUGUGUGUCUCACACAGUGACUUCGCUCGGAAAGGGAGCUGCUGGUCGGUUGUGAUCGAGCCUUGAUACAGCUGGUCAGACGGCUAAAACUGAUAAAAGCUCAGGUAGCUGUCAGAGGUCAGGUCAGCUCAGCUUGUACAGGAGACUUGCUAGCAGCUGCUGUACAUGUCUCUAGGUGUAAAGCCAGGACUCUUCAGUCCUGAGCCAGAGAUGGCAACUGUCGCAGCAACAGGGCUGGACCUGACCCCAUCUGUUUCAGACCAGACUUGUGCAUUCUUGUCCUACAUGCGAGAAAUCAGUCAGUUCCCUCUCUGUUAGUUCAGUGUUUCGUCCUUUCCAGCUCCAGCAUGUUCACAGCUGUUCUCUGCCUCAGUCUGUCUGCUGCUGAGCAGGUCCAGGACUGAGUUGGAAACUGACUCAGCAGUGCAUGGUAACAAUAGUGUGUGGGUUCGUCACUGACACAGUCAUCUGAUCCACUCUUACUAUAAAAUAAUCAUUACUGCAGCUUAAAGAAUGCAUGGGUCUUUAACAAAGCUUUCCCUUCCCUUUGCAGUGAAUUAAAAUUUUAAAGCCUGCCCCAAGGUGUGUCUCCAUUCCUUUACCCAAACAAAUAUGGCUGCUGCACGGGUGGGCAGCUUUCAUUUUCAGUUGUUGGUUGCCUUUGCUUCCUCCAUAACAAACAGCUAGCAGAAGAGGGCAUGAGGAGAACGAGCAGGUGUCUACUGCUGCACGCAUCAGACAUCUUCAUUUCCAAGACUAGAUACAGACACAGAUGAAGUGGAGCCCACCUGUCCAAUAAACAUGACACCAACUGGAGUGAAGCAGGUCAGAGUCUUACUGCUGGGGUCCCUCGUUUAGGGGCCCCGCAGGGGUGGGGGGGUCACGAUUGGCCUGUCUGAUAAACUUGUUUUGUGCGAAGAGCCAGAACAAGAAGAAGUGUUAGCUGUGUAGAGGUGUUAGCACUGAGGUGUUAGCGGUGUGAUGGGGGAGUCAGCAGCACUGCAGUCCUGUAGUGACACAACCAACACUCUGUUUCACUCUCCCGCUAACACUAAUCUGUCAUCCACACCACCUCCUCACUCCUCUUCUCCAUCACUCCUCUCCAUCACACUCCUCCUCUUCAUCACUCCUCCUCUCCAUCACUCCUUCUGGAGAAGGGGGGGGGUUCUCAGACUGAGUCAUCACUACAUCAGACUGCCAUAGCAGUGGGGGGGGGUUGAUCACACAGGUUUGAUCAGCACUUCAUUUCCACAUCAUGUCGCAGAGAGUAGGACUCAUCAGUGUCUCUGCAGCAUGAAGCAGCAGCCAGUCAGUGUCCUCUGUCACUUCCUGGUUUCAGUCAUCAGUUUCCAUGACAGUAACAUCACAGAGCUUUUGUCCACUGUUGUUUUUCUCUUCUGUUAAAAACGUGUCUGAUCACUUCAUCAUAACUUGUGUGAACACUGACAGAUACACAACAGGUCAAAGGUCAUAAAACAUGUGCAGUUUCCCAGGUUACAUUGAAACGUCAGCAGUGAGGUCAAAGGUCAGCAGUGAGGGUCUUUAUCAGGGAUGAAGGAACUGGUGAACAUCCGUCUGUCCUGCAGCAGUGGAAGUAAAUGAAACACUUCCUCUGUACAAACGGUGUCACUACACCCUCUGAUAAUCACCAUGACAACACUGUGCUGCAGGAGGCAGGACUGUAUACUGCUGUCAGAGUGGAGGGAGACAGAGCAGGAACAGCGGAAGAAAGACUGGUUGGUCAGAAAUUCAUCCUACAGCAACAUGAUGAAGACCAGCGCAGUCUCAGAUCUGAACCUCAUGGAACUGGUCUGGGAUGAACUGGACUCAAGCUGACAGUGACACAUAUUAGUGGACCAACUUUCUGAACAAUGUCUGAUCUCCACUGUAGAAAGAAAGACAGGGAGAGUUCAGCUGGAGGAGUCAGACAUCUAGAUUCUAUGUUUAAAGCUCCAUAUUUUCCCUUCAUCUCCUCUCAGGCUUCUCUCUGGAGCUCUAGUAACAACAGGUCGGUGAGCCAGUCAGAGGAGAGGAGGCUCUUUGCCUUUGCCUAUUUUCUGAGUGAUCCAAUAAAAAUAUAGCAGAUUUCAGUUAAACACUCAUAGAAACCAAAUCCUGCAUGGUUAGAUGGUGGGUCCUGGUGAGCGUUGCGUGGUGACUUGCUUGGUGACUUUGUUGUGACAUCACAAAGUUCCAGAAAUGCUGACGGCUGGUUUUGAGGCUCAGUUUCUGAAUGCAGGCUGUGUGCAUUUUUCUGUCAACUGAACGCUUUGAUACUUUCACAGUAUUAAUAUAGAACCUAGACCUGAUCUAUAAUCAAUCAACACAUGGACAAUUACCUUUAUAUUAUAUGGAGCUUUAAUGUCAGAAUCACAGAGACUGUAGAUUGUUGUCAGACGUUGGACUGGUAGUGUACUUGAUUCAGAAGGUUUGGCUCCUCUGUCCGUUCUCAGUGUUUCCUUCAUAUUCAGAUGUUAAAAUAGCUCCAGUGUUUGACAGUGUUUGUGUGGGGGCUGUAGUCUGGACAGUCCUGUAACAGUCUUUGAAAACACCACCAUGUGACCACGUCAGAACGGAACAGUCGUGAUAAAGAGAAACACUGAUGAAGGUGAUGAGUGUUCUCCACGCGGGAAACCAAUCUGACAGCACGACGCAUGACGUGUUGAUAGUGGUCUGGAGACACUGAUCCAGAUGUUAAGACGUAAAGAGAGUGAAGGUGGUUUGCUUGUGUACAUCAGUAGCUACAGGGUUUGAGGUUGAGCAGCAGCAGCUUUUAUAAAGGGAUGAUCAGUGUUAUUUAUAGGAAUCAUAACAACCUGUGUCACAGUGACAGUGGAGCCAGAUGUGUUGCUAUACAGAACAUCUGGGAAACCAGUCAGAUUCUGUGGCCUGCCCAUGUCACCACUAGUGGAACCAGUUGGUCAAAUCAAACUCAACAACUGAUGCUAAGCAGCGUCUAUGCUAACCUCUUCAGGAGGCCACAUAAGACACACCCACAGCUGCCAGUAGCUGCUCCCUCAUAGGACGCUGAUUGGUCUUAACUUGGAGUAUGGAGGGAUGGACUCUCACCUGAUCUCUGACCUCUGACCUGGCUGACAUCAUCAGGUCGUCAGCGUCAGGUUUCCUGUCAGCAGCAGGUAGAUGUCACAAAACAGCUGGAGCUCGUCCCCGUCCCGUGUGGACAUUAACACAUUGACUGACUGUAACUGGUGAACAGAUUGUGAGAGACAGUGAACAUUUGUUAUUGGACAACAGACAGACAGAACGCAGGUGGGAGAAACAGCAGCCACUCUGUUCUUCUUACUAAAUGCUCAUAACUGAUCCAUGAACAAUGAACAAAAAUAAUCAAUCAGUGUGAUCUAUGAAGUCUUUAUAAACCUGCAUGUGAUGGUGCACGCUCCACCUGACCCACCUAGUCAGGUGCUGCUCACAUCAUUCCUCCUGUGUUUUAGUUCAGCUUCACCUUUGACACACACACACACACACACACACACAGACACACACCUCCUGCCCAGCCUCACUGAUGUGGUGGGUUUGUUUCAUAGAUCUGAGUGUCCCACAGGGACGGAGAAAGUAACAAGAGAAUCAGUGUUUAGAAGACGUACAGGGAGACAUUCUGUUCUAGAGUUCAUAUGAUCACUCAGAUGCUGUACCUGUUCUGAUGAUGAGGAGUUAUAUGACGAUGAUGAUGUUGAUGACUAUAGAUUGUUAAAGAGCCUUUCUUGUUUUCUUUCUCAUUCUUCGGGUUGUGAAUAAUUAAACUGAAAUUGAUCUUAAUGAAAA